AUGGUUGUGGAUGAUUGGUGGAGGACCUGCUUAAAGUGUGAAAUCUCUAUGUGUGCUCAGCACCUGCAGACCCACCUGACCUCUCCAGUGCUGCUGCAAACCCAUCCUCUGACUAAUCCUGUAAAGUCAUGUUCCUCUAGUCAAAAGGUCAGCAAAUGCUCAGCUCAUGGCAAGCGUGUGGAAUACUACUGCCUGGAUGAUCGCAUGCUGGUGUGCAUGUCUUGUGCCAUCGAGGAAGGACAUUGGCUGCAUAACAUGAAGAUGCUUCAGACUGCCCAUGUGGAGCUGGCGGGUCAACUGAAAGAAGACUUAAAAGCACUGGCUCAGAGGCAGAACCAGGCUAAACGACUGGAAAAAUGACACAAAGACCAAAUGCAGGCUCCGUAGAACUGUGUUGGUCAGCUGAUCGAGACUGGAUCAACCCUGAAGGAUCUGGUCUUCACGUGUUUACAGACUUCAGUAUCAGCAAGACUGGGCGCACUUCAGACUGCCCAGUGAGCUAUCAAUUUGGCUCUAGAGGAAGAUGAUGAUUUCAGCUGUACCAUGUACAGUGUACAUGAAGCUAUGAUGGAGGCUCGCACAGUGGAUCUGAAACAGGGCUUGGAGUCAGGACCUGAUCGCAGUAAAUUAAUUAAGAUGAUCAGAAAGGAUGGAGAAAUUAUUGUGGAGCAGGUGCACAAACUCCAGAGAAGGUUUUUUGCUUUUGCUGAUCCUAAAUUCCACUCAGUUAUUCGGGAUGAUCAAAAUCCAGUCUCAGAACUGACCUUUGACCCACAGACCCUAGGGCCUGAGAUGACACUAUCUAAAAACCUUAGAAUGGUAUUCUGCAGCUUCUCUGCCAGAAACCCCUCAGACUGCAACCAGUGUUGA